GAUCCCUCAUUAAACUGAGCGGAAAUGGCCGCUGAGGAAGGAGAAAAUGUUAAGUUCCUGCGUGGAACCUCUAACACAGCUGCUAAACCACAAGGCACAGCUUCCAGUAUCUCCCGGCGGGCGAAUUCCUACCAACUACAAAGCAACGCUGGUGAGCCACGAACUAGCGAAGACUUACGACAAACAGCACUACGAAAUGGACUCACGCGGGUGAACUCCGCAUCCAGGGUUGAUGGCUUUACUAACAGUGGACGAAGUCACAUGACACCAAAAAAUCGGAAUAUACCAAUGGUGGCAGCGCCUGUCGUCGGGCGAAUUAGCGAUAAUCGCUGGGGGACUUAUAGCCUAAACCAGCCGAUAAACAAUGUGCUUGUGCCGACCAAUGAAUCCAUAUCUGAGCCCCACGAGGAUCUAAAUGUCGCACAAAAGGCCAGCAUUUCGCCUUUGACACAAAUCCAUAGACCAACGGGCAAAACCCAUUCCUUCGAUCAGGCUGGGAUCGAGAUUAAUGAGUCCAAGCGUGGAGACCUACGAUCCGAAAAGACUUCACGCGGCAGCUCUCGCUCAUCUUUACGUGACUUUCAUCCCCGUGAGCGCUCUGUGGGCCGAUUCCCCGACAAGAAAAGCAACCACAACUCGAUGUUUUCGCUUGUUCCGAUGGGACUAUCCGACAGCGAAGCAGAAGUCUGUGGAGACGAGCGUGCGCUGCUCAUUGAAGCAGAUAAAUCCGAGGAUUUGGAGGCGCUCUAUGAGGAAAACUAUGAGGAAGCAUACCUCCAAAUCCCGGGGCUAGCGGACGCCACUUCCGUGCUAGAUUUCAUGAAGGGGCACGAAAAAGCGCAAGAAACCAAGCAGUCCAUAGAUGCAGUCUCUAUUGGCUCGAGUCUAGACAGGCCCACCACAAGAACACACCAAAAGUUGCUAGACAUGAAAUUGCUUCGUCUCCGUCAAGAAGCAGCUAGCGCCGCCAGUACAGCCACAUUAGCAAUGGGGGGUCUUAGAAAUCUGCCCGAGUAUGCAGUCAAGAUCCAGCACGAGUCCGUUGUGUCGCAAUGGACACAAAUCCGGCUUCGCUUUUCCAGUCAUCCUGAGAACACCGAAGGCAGAAGAACAAAUAUCGCGUGCCGGGCUGGUGUUCUUGGCUCGAUCAAGCGAAAUGAGGCAGAGUUGGCAAUGAAGGCGGGCGAUCGGCGGGCGCUGGAGUCCCGGAUCACCAAGGAUAAUGUGGCGUCGUAUCUCCACGAAAUGUGGCACGACCAAAGUUUUGAAACACAGCCAGGAGACGUGUUUUUCGACGCUGGGAACCUGGUUGAUAAUGGAGACCAGAGCGCCAGUGCAGACAUGAUGCAGAUGGCCAAGAACGUUUUACUGACCAGGACGUAGCUGUGUCGCGGGUUAGACACAAAUUCUAACUCUGGACCGGACCUCACUCACAUAGAAGAUUCCACAAGGUUGUCUUGACAAAAGCAAAUCAGAGUAACGACUAUAACAGUACUUACGGAGAUGUCUGGUUCAUGGCGAUCAAGUCGUCACCCGGGCAUCUCUGCAGCAUGAUAUGUCCAUGAUCUUUAAGAUACAAUUAGCCCAUUUGCAAUAGCUGGGCAUAUCAGAUUCCCGAAGAGAACGUGGAUCAGACUUGGCGAGUUACUG